UAUGGAGCCGGCUGCUGCUGGGUAGUUCGGUCUGUGGCGGCUCCGGAGCAGGUAGCGUCAUGGCGGCCUCUGGGGCGGGCUGUUAGGCUGAGCCUGGACUCUCCUCGGACAUCUUCCCGCUUUCCUGUCACUCGUGCGUUCCUGUAGGUCCAGCAGCUAUGGCGCAGAGGAAGAGGGGUCGGCCCCGUUCCUCCCAGAACACUUCACUCCAUCAGGAUGGAGAUGUGGAUAUGGAGGAAGAGAUUUCAUUCACUCAAACCCAGACGCUGACACAGGCGCAGAGGAAUUUGGAGAAGCAUUCUCCUGAGCAAGUGAGCCUGAAGGUUGGAGAGCUGGUUCAGUACCUGCUGAUAAAGGACCAGAAGAAACUGCCCAUUAAGCGUGCAGAUAUUGUAAAGAAUGUGGUAAAAGAAUAUAAAGAUGUUUAUCUUGAAAUUCUUCAACGUGCCAAGAAGGCAUUGCUAGACGUUUUUGGUUUUCAGCUGGAGGAAAUUGACACCAAGAACCAUAUUUAUAUCCUUAUAAAUAACUUGGACCGCGUGGACGGAGACGAAAUGAAAGUGGAUGACAAUACCGCAAAAAUGGGCUUACUGACCGUCAUCCUGAGCCUAAUCUUCAUGAAGGGGAACACUGCUAAAGAGGCUGCCAUCUGGGAGACCCUGCGUCGUCUGCGCAUUGACCCAAGUGAGCAACACACAGACUUUGGAGAUGUGAAAAAACUUGUGACGGAUGAAUUUGUAAAGCAAAAAUACCUAGAAUAUAUUAAAAUCCCGCACACAGAGCCCCCAGAGUUUGAAUUCCGGUGGGGCCCAAGGGCAUUUAAAGAAACAUCCAAAAUGAAAAUCCUGGAGUUCGUCUCUACGAUUCAGAAAAAGGAUCCGAAGUCCUGGAUGACCCAGUACAAAGAUGCACAGGAGGUCGGCGGGUCGCCUGCAGCAUCACAGUCAACGAGACGUCGAUCAGCUCAUACACCGUAACAAAGGGCACAUACAGGGUAGCUUAUGGGGCUUUUAUUAGUACACAGUGCCCUCCGGUGGCAAAGAUGCAACAUUACCACUGUCAGUUAACGUAUUUACAUCUGUCUAGUUCAGGUGCAUUUAUCAUGUUUAAUCUGUUUUAAGAUGUAGAAUAAAACCUUGUUAAACGCCUUGUAUUCCAUCACACCCCCAUAUGUUUCUGGCUGGUCACGAUGGCUGCUUUGUGCGAAGGCCUCUACAAAAGGAGGUGACUAGAUGUGUCCCAAGGACACUAACAUCAUUGAUCAUACUCCGGAUACCAGAGGUUAAAUUAAGUCAAUAAAAAUGAAAGCCCAGAGAGGAAGCUGGUGAAAUACAAGCUGAAGGAGUAUAAAAAGAUCCAGGAGAGGCACAGACAGCACAUACUACAGACCUAUACAGCCUCUAAUUCAGGAGAACCUCACUGCGUGCAUCCACAUAUAGCACCACCCCUGACCAUUAGGUUGUGUGUGGUAUUGCAGCUGAGCCAUAGUACCAGAUAUAACCUGUGGACAGGUAUGGUACUAAAUUUGGAAGAAAGCAGCCAUGUUUUUCUAAUGAUGAAUCCUUGUAAUGGCUGUAGAGUAGUCAGUGCUUUCAUUACAGCAGAGGGAACUUUUUAUUUUUUUCCCCUCCUUUUUUCGAGGGGGAAAAUUGACAAUCACAUGGACCAAAUCCAGGCAUUAGAACUAGCCAUAAGGCAGGGAUAAGAAACAUUCGGCACUCCAGCUGUUCUGAAACUACAACUCCCAAAGUUGUCCUUUCACUUUUAUGGAAGCCACAUAAGAGCCCAUGCUGGGGAGGUGUAGUUUCUCACAGCUGAUCCCCUGCAUAAGGGCUUAGUCAGACGUAAAGCUGCUGGUAUGUCCGCCACCUUUUCUAGGGGUGGGGGGAACAAGAUUAAACACAUGCACAUCUGAAUAAGCCCUUUGGCCUCAAUGGCUGCAUUGUGGUCCCCUCACAUAUGGCAGAAAGUUCCACAAACUGACUUCCCCAAUGUUAUAAGGGGCUGAAAAUGUUCUAUCCCUGCAUUAUAUGCCAUAGUGUAGAUAACUUGUUGCACGUUUCCCAAAUGCCACUGUCUACAUUCAUUUCAAUGGAAAACGCUAAAAAUCU